AGUUUUCUCUGCUUUGCUUUUCGCGCACCACGACCAGGACCGACCUCGAACCCAAAGUCCAGUCGUUGUAUGACGCUCCGCUGCAAUGUCGCUGGCCAGGUCGACUCGUAGCGCUCAGGCGCUGUUCCGUGCUUCUCAGCGGGCAACCAGACCACAAGCUACCUCGCCCUUCCUCGCAAGAUCCUACGCAACCGUUGAGUCCGACAUCUUCAAGCCGACAAAAUAUGGUGGGAAAUACACCGUGACAUUGAUCCCUGGUGACGGUAUCGGUGCCGAAGUUGCCGAAGCCGUCAAGACGAUCUUCAAGGCCGACAACGUCCCCAUUGAGUGGGAGCAGGUUGACGUCUCGGGCGUCGACUCGGGAGACAAGCACUCGGAAGAGCUCUUCAAGGAAUCAAUAGCGUCGUUGAGACGGAACAAGCUCGGACUGAAAGGUAUCCUGCACACCCCUAUCGAGAGAUCGGGCCACCAGUCCUUCAACGUGGCGCUGCGACAAGAACUCGACAUCUACGCCUCGGUGGUUUUGGUCAAGAACAUCCCCGGUCUGGUGACCAGGCACAAGAACGUCGAUCUGUGCAUCGUGCGUGAGAACACCGAGGGCGAGUACUCUGGGCUGGAGCACCAGUCGGUGCAGGGCGUGGUCGAGUCGUUGAAGAUUAUCACGCGGGCCAAGUCGGAACGGAUCGCCAAGUUUGCCUUUUCCUUUGCGCUGGCCAACAACAGGAAGAAGGUGACCUGUAUCCACAAGGCGAACAUCAUGAAACUGGCCGAUGGCUUGUUCCGAAACACGGUCAAGAAGAUUGGGGAGGACUAUCCCAGCUUGGAGGUGAACGACAUGAUUGUCGACAACGCUUCUAUGCAGGCCGUGUCGCGACCUCAACAGUUCGACGUGAUGGUCAUGCCCAAUCUGUACGGAGGUAUCCUUACGAACAUCGCCGCGGCGCUUGUGGGCGGGCCUGGCGUGGUGCCUGGUUGCAACAUGGGCCGGGAAGUGGCGGUCUUUGAGCCUGGGUGCCGACACGUUGGUCUCGAUAUCCAGGGCAAAGACCAAGCGAACCCCACAGCCCUUCUGCUCUCGGGUACCAUGCUGCUCAGGCACUUGGGUCUUGACGAGCAUGCCAACCGCAUCUCACGGGCGGUGUACGACGUGAUUGCGGAUGGCAAGGUGCGCACACGAGACAUGGGCGGUGACGCUACGACGCAUGAGUUUGUCAGGACGAUUCUGGACAAGAUGGAAGCCGAACUGUAAGAUGUGAUUCUCGGGAUGGAGCAGCGAGGGUGGUGGUUCUGAACACGCCGACGGAGACUGGUUGACGGGUGCAAUUGCAUUGCUUUUUACUUGACACUGGUAGCCCAGCAUUGACGUUAGAAAUGGAUUCGUGAUUCCUGUCCUGCCCUCGUUACAAGAUACUCGUUUCUUCUCCCCAACCGGGAUCUUGUAGUAGCGGCGGCAGGAGGAUUGGUAUUAAUGUCCUGUCCUACCGUACCUAUGCUCUUCCCAU